CCAAAUGUGUCGGUGUAGUUUUUAAUACUAAAAAAAGGGCGCCAAGUCCUGUCGGAAUUCUGAAAUCCGCCUUCCUUAAAAUAUGCUGCUAUACAAUACGACGGAGGAGGAAAAAUAUGGAAAAGGAGGAGGAGGAGGCGGCGGCGAUCGCAGACGACGAAAGAGUAGAAAACCAUGAUCUCUCCUCCAAUUCCAAUUCCAAUUCCAAUUAUUGUGAUUGUGAUAAGGAUGAAACCCUAUCUCUUCUGAAUCUGAUGGACGACGAUGGUUUUCCUCGACACAACGACAAUAAUGAUGAGAAUAAUAGCAGCAUCAGAAGAGAUACUAUCCGAUCAAUUGAAGAAUCGGAAGAAGAAGAAGAUAGUAGCUUCGCAUCAGAUUUCUAUGGAUGCGGAACAGAUUGGUCUUCUUUGUUGGAAAAUCACAAGCCCACCACCAACAACCAUCCCAAUGCCACCAUGCUGGGUCUGGGGCGGCGCCUCAAACAGACAAAUCUCUUCCAGAUGUGGGGGUGGGGCUCCCCCAACAACAACAACAACAACCAUGAUGUUGUGGAUGAUAAUCACCAUCCUCCUCCAAAUAAGAAGAUCAAGUCCAUGUUCUCUGCUGGUUCCCCUUCCUCCACCACCAUUUCCAAAAUGAAAUCAAACACCAACACCAACAUCAACAUCAACAAGAAGAGCAAAACUAGUAGCAUUACUAAUACUUCUUCUGGAUUUGCCAACAAACAGCAGCAGCAGCAGCAGCGUCCCCGUCUUUGCCCCUUCUAUAAGAAAAUCCCAGGGACACCCUUCACUGUAGAUGCAUUCCGCUAUGGCUGCAUUGAAGGUUGCAAUGCAUAUAUCCUAAGUCACUUCCAUGCUGAUCACUAUGGUGGCUUGACCAAGGGAUGGUCACAUGGCCCCAUCUAUUGUACCCCUCUCACCGCUCGGCUGCUCAGAAUGUGUCUAUAUGUUAAUCCAUUAUUCAUCCGUCCUUUGGAAUUAGGUACUGAACAUGUCAUCGAUGGAAUCAAAGUGACACUGUUAGAAGCUAAUCACUGCCCCGGUGCAGCUCUUAUUCACUUUUGUCUUCCAAAUGGACAACGUUAUUUGCACACCGGAGACUUUAGAGCCAGUAAACUUAUGCAUGCUUAUCCCCUUCUCAUAAACCAACGAGUCAAUGCACUUUAUCUUGACACGACAUACUGCAACCCGAAGUACAGGUUCCCUUCCAAAGAAGAUGUUAUGAGUUUUGUUGUGAGAAUCACGCAGAACUGUCUGAGGAAGCAACCCAAAACCCUUGUUAUUGUUGGGGCGUAUAGCAUCGGGAAGGAAUGUGUUUAUCUUGCAAUUUCCAAGGCUUUAGGGGUUAAAAUAUAUACAAACACCACAAGGAGGCGUAUUCUGCAGUCUUUUGGUUGGCCUGAACUUUCUGGGAAUCUGUGUUCACAAGGGAAUGAAACACCUCUCCAUGUACUGCCCAUGUCAUCUCUGAGAUUCGAGAUCCUAGAGCAUUAUUUAAAGCCGUAUAUGAAUCAGUAUACAGCAGUUUUGGCAUUUAGGCCAACAGGUUGGACUUACUCUGAAACGAUUGGUAAUUGCUUGGACCUAAUAAAACCCACUUCCAGAGGCAUUGUCACAAUUUAUGGAGUUCCAUAUAGCGAGCACUCCAGCUUCACAGAACUACAAGAGUUUGUUCAGUUUCUCAGGCCUGACAAGAUAAUUCCAACUGUAAAUAUUGGAAAUGCUGCUAAUCGAGAUAAGAUGCAGUCUUACUUUAAAGAAUGGAUGAAACGAUAACGGUUCUCACCAGAAUUCUGUAGUUCAUACUUCUCAGUUGUGUAGAGUGCUCUCUGUAUCAGGUGAAAACAUUAUGUGAUUUGUUAGACUCAGGCACAAGAUGAUAUAAGAAUUUCUCCUGCAUAUUACUAUUGAGAUUCAACUGCUGCCAUGCAGGAAUGGAAAGAUUGGCUUAUCCAGUUUAUGAUUAUUGGCACAAGGGUAAAGGUUUCACGAAAUUCAUUAGUCCUUUAUAUUGUUUACUCUUUAUUAAUUAAAUCUUUUUGUUUGUAACAUGAUGGCACUAUUUGGGAGGAAUACUUUUUUUUUUUUUUGAUUGGCACCGGGAUAUCCAGAUCAACGCCUGACUAAUCCCAAGGGGUGCAUAAGCUCUCGGCAUGGAGUUUUCUGCAAGUACACCAUAGUUAAUUCAAGGGUUUUUUUCUAGUCCGAUGGCCCCAAGGAAGUGAUGGCACUAUUUGGGAGGAAUAAUUAAAAGUCAUGUAGCCACAGAAGAAUAUUACUGAAAUUGAUAAAAAGAUUUACAUCAAUUCCUAUCACCUUCUCAGUGGCAAUUAUACUCUUGCGCAUGACACAUAGGCUUGCUUCUUACUCUGGAUGUUGCUGAUACUAGCGCAUGUUCCUAUUAUGUGUUAGUUGGUGGAUCUCAGCAGUGAAACAAUUUUUUGCCCCAUUUUGUGCAAGGAAAUUAUAGUUAAUUUUGUUUGGUUGUAGAGAUGGAGGGCAAUCUCAUUUGCAGCAUUGGUUUAUGCUUUCCAAACAUCAUUGUAAUCAAUUUUAUAGGCCUAAUUGACUUGGUUGAGUGGAGAAAACCGAUGUAAAACCACCUUUUGCUGAGAUGCUUUGAUUCUUUAGUAUGUAGAUAGAUGUGUUUUACUUA